AUGGCUACUGAAAGUCUUCAAGCUCGUUUGACUGAAUUCGAGCGUCAAGCUCGUGGUGUAUGCAUAGGUGUAAAUCAUUUAGCCCUUGACAGUGAACGUGUUAGACAAGCUGAACUAUUACAAAAAAUUAUACAACUAGAAAAAGAUAUUCAACAAUCUAGUGCACAAAAAUCACAUUUACCUGAUGCAGCAGCUGAAAUUCGUGAUGAUGUGAAAAAUAAUACAUCAGCAUUACGUUAUUUAGAAACAAUAUCUCAAUUGGAGAAUUCAUUUACAGUUCUAACAGAAAAUGUCACUGAAACCUCUGUACAAUUAAGUGCCCCUAAAGAAUUAAAAGAUGAAGUUCAUGUGAAAAAGGAAUUAACUAGUAAUGUGAAAAGUUGUUGGACAUAUGUUUCUCAAUUGGCCCGAUUAAGUCAAGUACACAUUAGGAAUGCUGCUGAUUAUCAUCAGUUUCAUCAUGCAGUUAAUGAAGCUGAAGCCAGUUUGAAAGCACGUGUACGAAUGACAGAACCGAGAAAUUCAAGAGCAUUACCUGCAACUUUGAAAAAUUGUACAAUUUUGGCCAAUGAAUUGAGAGAACAUCUUAAUCACAUGAUUCAUUUAUGGGGUCGAUCAGGCAAUUUGCUUGAAGAAAGCCGACGUAUUGUCCCUGUUCACUUAAGACUAGGCGGUGUUAUUGAUGGUCUGAGUACUAAUACAGAAUCCGCUAGUCCAGUUAUGGCUCGUAUGUUAACUUCAUUGACAGGACCAAAUUAUGAAUUAAAAGAAGGUGAAGAAGUACGCGUUAUAUCGAAUAAAGAUGAUCAACACUUUUGGACAGUACAAACAAAUAAUGGUAUAGUGAAAAUACCAUCUGUUUGUUUAUGGAUAAGUGAUCCAGAUUUAGAAGCUGUAAAACGAUCAGUGAUACUUCGUGAAAAAUGUAUUGAAUCAUGGGAUUUACUUGUGGAAAGAUCACGUGAACGACUAAGAUCAUAUUACAGUUGUUUAUUAAAUCAAAUGGCAGAAAAUGGAGAUAUUCAAUAUCAGCAUAAAAUAGCUAUGGAUAAUUUUCUGGAAGAUUUAAGGGUCUUCUAUUACCUAAUGAUACAAGAGCAGUUGAAUUAA